AUGACCGAGGGUAAGCCGGAAGGACCGGCAGCCGCCCUGAAUCCUUCGGCGGCCGCGUUCACCUUCAAGGCGACAGCACCCUCGUUCACGCCCGGCUCCACAGAUUCACGGCCUGCCGCGGGUGCCGCUCCUUUCUAUCCUCGCCCGCAGGCGCCACCCACGGAACCGGAGUAUCCUGGGUAUGAUGAGUUCGACGAGUAUCAUGAUCACGAACAAGAUCAAGUCGUAGACCUGCCGAAGAAGAAGAGCCUCGCGGAUCUGGGCCUGGACUCCCUCGGAUUUGUGUCGGACGGCUCGGAGUCGGGCCACGACACCCCGUCUCCCAUGACGCAGAUUAGGCGACAGCAGGCUAUGAGACAGAAUGUUGGGGAUGGACAAGAUAUCGGUGGUUGGUACAGCGGUGAAGGCGUGGAGGGGGUCGCCGCGGAGUGGCAGCACACCGUGUCAUACCAACCGCACGACCAACACCCUAUCGCUGGGUACGAGGGUGAAUACGAUCAACAACUCGCGGCGUACAAUAUGCCGCACUAUCCCUACUACCCCGCGGGAGCAGGCGGAGGGCUCUCGGAGUAUGACGAAGGAGAGUUCUUAAAAUUUCUACAGGAGAGUUUCCCCGGGUACAGCCUGGAUAGCCUCCAGGAGCUGCUCGAGGCGAACGGCGGGGAUGCCAAUAUCACAGUGGAGAUGCUGCUGGAGAUGCACAGUGAGGUAGCGCCUCCAGAGCCUCCUAGACUGGAUGACGAGUCGAGUUUUCCCACGCUCGGCGGGAGUACAUCUACUGGAACGAGCGAGAGUCAGAAACCUCCCGAUUCGAAGCCGCCCGAGGAGAUUUUCAAGUCGUUCACCAUCUCAGGCGGUGUAUCAAAUAUGCGUCUGCCCGGGAACAAUAUCGCUUCCAGGUCUACCCACGGCGACUUUGCCGACAGGGUGAGAACCACGCAGCCAAGUGCACCUGCUCAGUCACGAGGUACGACACAAGUAGGAUAUGGCGCAGGAAGCUUCUCCGGGAGGAGAGCCGCCGCGGAGCAGCAGUGGGUGGACACCGGAGACACGGUUUCAGCUAUGUAUGCCACCAACAGGGAGGAUGCUCGGGACUACAUGCGGCUCAGAAAUAUUUGCUUCCAGCAGGCCACGCAGGCGUAUUUAUCCGGAAACAAGGCUCUGGCCAAAGAUCUGAGUCGUCAAGGCCGUCAACACGCGAUGAACAUGAAAGCUGCACACGAGAGAGCAGCUGCCUUUAUUUUCCAGGAAAGAAAUAACAGUAACGUCCAAGGUGGUACACCAAUGCUCGAUCUGCACGGCCUGCACGUCGCUGAAGCAAUCAAUGUUCUUCGGCGGGAGCUCCCAAAUUUUAAGGCGGCCGGGCGAGUUGUUCACAUUCUAGUGGGGACGGGGCACCACACCAAGGAACGUGUUGGAGGAGCUCAAUGA